AUGGCUGACACAAAAUCAUUCCCCGACCCGGCUGGGGACCCAGAAGCUAAAAAGGAUGUCAUUGAGGAAGAGAUCCCAAUGGAUGAGCGAACGCUAAAGCUCGACCGACAAACAGUUAUGAGGCUGGACAUGGUGCUGAUGCCGAUGACACUCAUGUUGUAUCUUCUGGCUUGGCUGGACCGUGCAAAUGUUGGAAAUGCACGAGUGGCCGGUCUGCAAAAAGACUUGAAUUUGACUGAUCUACAAUACAAAACAGCCAUUACCGUGACAUAUGUUCCUUACGUGAUCUCCGAACUCCCCUCCAAUCUCCUGCUGAAGAUCAUCGGGCCUCGCAUCCUUCUGCCUACGCUGUGCACCCUCUGGGGAAUGGUCACAACAGUCCAAUCUCAAGUGCACAACUAUUCCGGCUUCCUCGCCUGCCGAUUCUUUCUGGGCCUUCUCGAAGGAGGCCUCUUUCCUGGCAUUGUGCUUUUUCUGUCUAACUUCUAUCGCCGCCACGAGCUGCAAGUUCGCAUCGCGCUCUUCUUCUCCGCCGCUUCCCUGAGUGGUGCUUUCUCGGGUUUGUUGGCUGCCGCCAUCCAGCAGAUGAAUGGCCUGCGGGGAAUGAAGGGAUGGCAGUGGAUCUUCUUGCUCGAAGGCCUUUUCACAGUUUGCUUCGGCCUCUUCGCGUUCCUAGUGCUACCCAACGGCCCGGAAAAGGUGAUCACAUUCCGCCCUGAGCACACAGAGCGAUGCAUCGCCCGGCUGCAACAAGACGGCAACAAAUUUGAGACCGAAACCAAGGUCUCCUUCAAAGAAGUCAUAUCCGUCCUGAAGGACCUCCAUGUGUGGAUCGCAUGUCUCAUCCUCUUCUGCAACGGCGCGUGUCUCUUCGGUCUCGCGUACUUCUCACCGUCCAUUGUGCAAGCACUCGGAUACAGUUCCACCAAGACGCAACUCAUGACCGUGCCACCGUACGCCUGCGGAUUCGUCGUGACCAUGAUAACAGCAUACUUCUCCGACCGCUAUCAGCAGCGCGGCAUCGGUGCCUUCGUUACCAGCGGCAUUGCUUUGAUCGGUGCGGCACUAGCCAUCAAUGGCCGCAGUAUCGGCAUUCGCUACGCUGCCCUGGUGCUCCUCCUGACUGGUGUGUAUUCGUGCGCACCUUGUUUGAUUAGCUGGGUGCCCAAUAACACGGCCGGCCAUGUACGGCGCGCAACUGCCGUCGCUAUGGCGUUCAUUGCGACGAAUUGCGGCGGGAUCAUGAGCACCUGGAUCUAUCCUGAGAAGUCUGCGCCGUACUAUGAGCUGGGAUCCCGGUUUAAUCUCUCCUUGACGGUGAUUGCGAUGGCGCUUGUGGUGGCGCAGGUUGGUUUGUUGCGGAUGUUGAAUCGCAGGAAACAGAGCGAUCCAGUGGGAUUGUUGAGGGGUGUAGAGGACCUGCCAUAUGAGGAGCAGUUGGACAAAUUGGGGGAUAGACAUCCGAGGUAUAAGUAUACCUACUAG